AUUCCCAUCAGGCAUAAUGUGGGACACUCCUUCAUUUAAAUCAAGGGUCCGACAUUGUAGUUUUUCAAUCACUCUCCAAAAUGUCGGGGGAAGUGUACCUCCUGUGGCUGCUUUCGCUUUUAAAAACGCUGUCGGUGUUUGGCUCCGAGUUGGCGUCAGAAGCUUGCAGGGAUCUGGGCUUCUCCAGCAAUUUGCUGUGCAGUUCCUGUGACCUGCUUGGGGAGUUCAGCCUCACCAAGCUGCAGCCUGACUGCAGGCACUGCUGCCAGCAGGAAGCCCAAUUGGAAGCCCGCAAGCUCUAUGCUGGGGCCAUCCUGGAGGUGUGCGGAUGAAAAUUGGGGAGGUUCCCCCAAGUCCAAGCUUUUGUCAAGGGUGACAAGCCAAAGAUGUUCAAGGGUCUUCAGAUCAAGUACGUGCGAGGCUCCGAUCCUGUGCUAAAGCUUUUGGACGAUAACGGGAACAUCACCGAGGAACUCAGCAUCCUCAAGUGGAACACGGACAGCGUGGAAGAGUUCUUGAGUGAAAAAUUAGAGCGGAUAUAAACACAGGUUUCAAUUUGGUUUUCACAGUUAAAGGGACAGUUCAAAAAUGUAUACAAAGUUUACUGAUAGUUUACUUCACUCAUUUUGCCAAAAUGUUUUUGGAGGGUUCUGCCAGCCUCUUUUUUUCGGUAAGUAAAAACACAUUUGGAUUUGAAAAUUAAACAAAUUAUGGACACAAAUUCAGAUGAGAUAAAAAUGUUAGUGCGAAAUGUAAAAUUCUAAUUAUUUGGACUGAACUUAGCAUUUAUACAUCGCUGUUAAAAUCUGUUCAAAGUCACAAAUUCAUGAACUUAACUGUUAAUUUUAUGUUUCUGAUUUUCUCAUUACACUUAUUUUUAUAAUGCUUGAUGUGCAGGUAUGUAGAAAAGAGAAUGAUUCCUAAUUUCUGUCUAAGAAGUAGAUGGUCUAGUCCCAGGACACGUUAGUGAAGAGCUCGCCUUAAACCAGUUUUGGGAAGUGAGCCCUGAUGGGUUUUGUGUUCCUGGGCUUCAUCGACGGUUUGGCAGAAAUUGGAUUUGUUAUGAAUGCGCAUAGGUAAAAUUUGAAUAUGCAACAAUAAAUAAAUAAAAAUCUCUCAG